AGAAAAAAACAGAGAGUAAAAGAGACCGAGAGAGUGAGAAGUCAGUGGAACGCCUUCCACAAAUCAUUUUGUCACCGGCAAGCUCUGACAAAGCAGAGAGAGAGAGAGAGAGAGAGAGAGAGAGAGAGAGAGGGCAGAAGGCACAUACCUAGUAAGAAAAAAGAGAGAGAGGCAGAGAGUGAGAGACAACGAGCGAGCGAGGAACAGAGCACAAGAGGAGGUGUAAAGGGUGCUUCACAGGGAGCCAAAGGGCAUAAAAGUGGACGGAGAGAAGAGGGUAAAGAGGGAGAGAAGGGAGCGCAACCUGAUCCCCAGGCUUAAGCUUGUAACUCCUGCUCCCACUGCUACUGCCGCAGCUUUCUCAUCUGACACUCGUAGGCUGGCUCUUGUUCUCUGAUUAUUUUCUUUGUUUACGACUCCGCUAUCUCCAAACCUCGUGGCUCAGCUGACACCAAGACAAAGCUACAGGGUGUUUGCCCUACGGGGCUACUGAACACUGGGCAUGUUGCUGGAGAGCGGCAUGCACCCUUAAAGGCUUGGCUGCUUCGGAAGGCUUUCAUGGUAAAGGCUGUGUCAAAAGCUUCCAGAGGAACAGCAAAAGAAGCCAAGGGUCAUCUGAUCGUGCUCAACCCUCGGUGAGAAAAGCCUGUGCUCUUAGAAGGUGGACACAGCCCCUGUUUUGUAUCAGACGGGAUUAGGUGGACAUCUAUGGGAAGCACAGCUCAGAGGAAAGCUGACAAGUGACCUGUCAAGCCGGAACAGUUCAGAAAGGAAGGGCAAAGUUUGAGACCAGAAGCUGUAACUCGCAUACAAGCUUGUUCUUGUGUCUGAACACCAGAGACGUGGGUCUUCAACACAGGCUGAGAAACUUCAGGUUUCAGCCAGACCUCGUGGACCCGAACAAGCGAGUCUGUGUGUGCUUGCCAGCUUGUUUGAAGCAGCACUUUAGAGACGGAGAGUCCGAAAAAUGCUGAAUGCUAGCCAGUCGAACUUGUGUCUCAUGUGAGCAAGUUUGUAUGUGCGUGUCUGUGUUUAUUUGGAUCUGUGCUUGGAGCUCUGCGUGCGCCCACCUUCUGAGAGAGUGUGGGUGUGUGGGAAACAGACUGCUCCAUUUGUCAGCUGUGCACACACACUCCGUUCCCACUCAGGAGCCAGAACACAGACGGUGAGUGGCUGCAUGCUGGGAUUCCCCUCUGACUGCUGUACCCCAGGUGCUUUCCACCAUCCAUAUUAUUAUCAACAUCAGGUAGCAUCUCCUGACCAAGUAACACUACCCUGACAUUUCCAUCACACCUGACAUUAGUCAGAGUUACACAACAACCCUCUUCUACACCUGAGUAUCAGUCAGAUCAACAUGAAACUCUUGGUUCUAGCACUGGCCGCUUUGUGCCUGGUAGCCGUGGUGGGCGGCAUGUCCACCUGUAAGACCCUGGAUCUAGAGGUGGUCAAGAAGAAGCGUAUCGAGGCCAUCCGCGGUCAAAUACUCAGCAAGCUGCGCAUGGCCAAGGAACCUGAGCCUGAGGAAGAGGAUAUCGGCAAGAACAUCCCUGAGGCCAUCAUUUCACUAUACAACAACACAGUUGAGCUCAGCGAGGAAUGGAAGAACAAGACGUCUCUCGACUCCCUGGCCCAGGAUGAGGAGGAGUACUUUGCCAAGGAGGUGCAUAAGUUCGUUAUGACAAAGAACGAUAAUGAUUCAUUGCGGCUGUACUUCGAUGUGGCGGAGAUGAAGAAGAGCAUCGUGGACUACAGGCUGCUCUCUACGGCCGAGCUCAGGCUCCGCAUCAAGAGCCCCACCAUCGCACAUGGCUCAGAGGAGAGGCUGGAGCUGUACUGGGGCUCGGGGGGACAGGAACACUACCUGGGCUUCCACAUCAUCUCCAACGACCUGGCCAACCACUGGAUCUCCUUCGACGUCACGGCCACGCUCAAAUCAUGGCUGCAGUACCAAGGAGCGGAGAAGGAGCAAGGAUUCGACCUGAAGCUCUACUGCGGCUGUGGAGAGCCUGAGAAGAAGCCCAGCUUUCAGAUAUCAGGUAUUCAUAAAGGAAGAGGAGACAGGAGUGACCUUGCUAACCGCAUGGUCAAGCCGUUUAUUCUGGCCAUGUCUGUUCCACCUGACGGCAACACCUACACCUCCACACGCAAGAAACGCUCCACUGGAGCUGAGGAGACCUGCGACGAGAAAACCGAGACCUGCUGCGUGCGGAAGCUUUACAUUGACUUCCGGAAGGACCUGGGCUGGAAGUGGAUCCACAAGCCCAAAGGAUACUACGCCAACUACUGCAUGGGUUCCUGCACUUACAUCUGGAACGCUGAGAACAAAUACUCACAGAUUUUAGCCCUGUACAAACACCAUAACCCCGGUGCAUCUGCCCAACCCUGCUGUGUACCUCAAAUCCUGGACUCCCUUCCAAUUCUCUAUUACGUUGGCAGAGUCCCCAAGGUGGAGCAGCUGUCCAACAUGAUGGUGAGAAGCUGUACGUGCAGUUAAAGCGGCUGAAGUUCAUCUCCUUCAACACCUCACGCUCCUGUCUCUCCUAUAAGAAAGCAGAUAGAAUGUCCCUGGGGAAAAGGAGGGGAUGAAAGCACGGCAAGACUGAAAUGGACAGAAAAAAAGAAGGACAAAGGGAGGGGAAGAGGAGGAGAAAGUGACAAAGACCAAACGAAAAAGCAAAGGAGUUUUGACUCUUGACUCACUGUUGCUUUUACCUUCUGCAUAAAAUAUCACCAAGGACAAUAUGCCAAUACUUCAUUGCAGAUUAUGCUUUGUUUUAUUUGUAAUCUUUUAACUACAGUAGUAUGUUUCCUUUAAUUUAUUGUGAAAGAUUGUUGCAUUACGCUAUAUGUAGAGUUGCAUGCCAGACAUACAAUGAAGAUUUCUCUUGGUGCUGUGCUUCUGAAAAGAGCACCAGUAACAUUGGAGGAAUGUGUUUCCAGAGAGAAAUGAAUGUGCUUAUGUGAGAAGACCAAGAACCUUGCACUAAAUCAUGCUGAGAACAGAGGUUGGGGGGGCACUGAAACUCAGAUUCCAUUGAUAUGUGUUGGAGGAUAGCAGUGGUGGACUUGAAAUGACCGCUGACCUACAGUCCAUACUACUACAUUCGAAAAAUAUGGCUGUGAAAAGCUUUAUGCCUGUAUG